AUGCAAGAAUAUCAGGAGGCAACAAAUGAAAUUCAAGACAGAUCACUAACAGCAAAUGAUUUACAUGGUACGAAAUGUCUAGUUUGUGAAGAUAGAGCGUCUGGUUUUCAUUAUUCAGUGUUUUCGUGUGAAGGAUGUAAAGGUUUUUUUAAACGGACAGUACAGAAGGCUUUGACAUAUGUUUGUAGAGAACAAGGAAAUUGUGUAAUAAAUAAAUUUACCAGAAAUAGUUGUCAACAUUGUCGUUAUAAUAAGUGUGUUGCACAGGGCAUGAGAAAAGAAGCUGUAAGAGAAGAUAGAUCACCUGGAGGAAAACAUAGAUUAAAACGACCACGAUUAGAAGAAAUACCAGGCACUCUAGACGCUAAAGAUGAAAUUUAUGAUUCAAUGAUAGAGACAUUAGUUAAUGCUCAACCUGAUAUAUUUCCUAAAUCUGAAAGUAGGUUUCUUUCAAAGGUACUAUUUCAACAGAAGAGAUUGAACAUAAGAGGUCUAGGCUAUUACAAUGAUAAGCUUAUAUGUUAUUAUAUUAUAGAAAAUUUUGGUGGUAAUAUUGGAGUGAAUGAUUUAAUGCAGUAUGGCUAUUUAGAAUUAAAAUUUAUUAUUGAAUGGGCUAAGAAAGUACCAGGUUUCCAAGAAAUGAGUAUGGAUGAUCAGAUGUGUUUAUUGAAAUCAGCUUUCAUGGAAUUAAAUGUUUUACGACUGGCGUAUAGAUCUAUGAAUUUAGAUAGAUGUAUUAAGUUUGCUGAAGGUGUUGUUAUACCAACUGAUGUAGCUCAAGGAAUGGGGUGGGGUCGUGAAUUAGUUAAUGCCACCAUAGAAUUUACAAGUCGUUUACGAGAAUUAAAGAUAGAUCGUACAGAGUUUGCUAUAUUGAAUGCUUUAGUCCUUACAUUUCCUGAUGCCAUUGGCAUUCAAGAUAAAUUACAAGUUUUAGGUCUUCAAACCAAAAUACUAGAUGCACUACGUCGAUAUACUUCACGUAACUAUCCUACAGAAACACGUAGAUAUGGAAAAAUAUUGCUAAGAUUACCAGCAUUACGAACAGUUAGUGCUAAAGCAGCUGAAAAGUUUUUGUCUUUAACUUUAGAUGGUUCCAUACAACUGAAUGAUCUAGUGUUUGAAAUGAUUACAUAA